AUGAUGUGUCUUCAACAUCCCUAUGCGUGGCUGUUCUGCGGCUUCGCCGCGCUGGGAGCUUGGUUGUAUGGCUAUGAUGGUGUGUAUUUCACCGGUGUUACUGCGUUAGGCACCUCUACUUAUGGGAAAUGUACUUACAAUCAGGGGGCUUCAGAUGUGUUUUCUCGUGAGUUCGGAACACAGCUAUCCGACGGAACGUAUGCUAUCUCGCCAGCGUCAUUGUCAUUGAUGACCUCGAUGAUCAAUCUGGGCGAGUUGGUCGGUUCCUUGUCGUCCGCUACUUUCAAUGACUACCUAGGCCGCAAAGGCAGCUGGCUGUUGGGUGCUCUUUUUCUCAGCAUAGGGGUUGUCUUGCAACUGGUUACCUCCUCGCAAACAAGCUUUAUCAGUGGCGGCAGGGCUAUCAUGGGUUUUGGUGUUGGGAUCUUCUGUGCCACUUCCCCGCUGUACAUUGCAGAGGUUGCACCCACAGAAGUCCGCGGUCCUUUACUUAUGUUCUGGCAAUUGACUCUGUCCGUCUCUCAAAUUGUGGCCGCAGGGAUCAACCGCGGUGUCUCAAUGAACGAGACAAAUUUUGCUUGGCGAUUCCCAACUGGUUUCCAACUCCUUUUUCCUUUCUUUGUCUUUUGCAUGGUCUGGUUCAUCCCUGAGUCUCCGCGAUGGCUCGUCCGCAAGAACAAAGUGGCCAAAGCAGAACAUUCUCUCAGACGAAUCCAUCGUGAAAAGGAAAAUUACGACCCUGCGAGUGAUAUUCAACAGAUCAAUGAUACUCUGCAGCAAGAAAUACAUCUUUCAGGUCAAGGGUCCUGGUCCUCAUUGAUCAAAGACCCUAUCGAGCGAAGAAAAGUCUUGUAUUCAGCAGGGGCUUUAAUUGCCCAGCAGAUCAAUGGGAUACAGUGGUUCUACUACUUUGGAACCGUCUUUUCCAAAGCCAUUGGCUUGAGUGAUCCCUUUCUGAUGACACUGAUUGUGUUUAUCAUUCAGUUGUUCGUCGUACUUGCUGCCUUGCUUUUGUCGAACCGUAUUCCAAGACGUCCGCUGAUGCUAACCUGUACGUGCAUCAUGAUGCUUUCCAUCUUCAUUGUUGGAUGCAUGGGUAUUCAUAGCGAUGGCAACUACGUUGCUCCUAUCUACGGCAAGGUCAUUAUUUGUUUUGUUAUAGUUGAGAUUGUCGCUGCCAAUUUCUCAUGGGGGCCACUUGGUUGGGUCAUUGCGUCUGAAAUGGCAGUGGGUCCGAAUCGGAACAAGAUUUAUGCAAUUUCGGUUGCUUGUUUCUGGAUUUCUAUAUGGGUAACUGUUUUUACACUGCCUUACCUCUACUAUUCGGCCAAUCUGGGACCAAAGACGGGAUUUAUCUACACCGGUCUGUGUGGAAUUUCCCUAUCCUACGUAUAUUUCUGCGUUGGUGAAGUGACAGGUCGAUCUAUGGAAGAAAUUGAAGAAUUCUUCCAAAAAGGUAUUCCGGUCACCGAAUGGAAGAAUCAACCUCGACGCCAGAAUCCACAGCUACACUCAUCACACGAAGAUCCAGAAAUGACAGGUGGGGAAAAUGGUGCUAGAGAAAUGGGGAAGCAUGAAAGCGAGGCUAAGGAGAUUGAGCUUGCUUAG